AUGCGCCUGUCGUCGUCUCUGCAAGAUUUGUCGAGCUUCUCCAGGCUAGAUCCGGAGAGAGGUCGUGUCGAGUUUGAGAUCGAGGGGAGCUACGCCCGUCCGCAGGCCUCCCGAGUUUUGAUUAAGGAGAGUGGCGGAUCUAGCUUCUCGAAGGAGAAGCCCUUGCCCGAGACCCCGUUCUGGCGGAGGAGAUGGAUACGAAUACCUUUAUUUGCUCUCGGCCUCCUCUUGUUGUUCUCUUUUUUGUAUGCAUGUUCUCUGAGUUUUAGCAGAUAUUGGUCUCAGAAUUCAUCAAAAUAUUAUGUGGUGCUCGACUGCGGGAGUACAGGCACUCGGGCCUACGUUUACGAGUGCUCUAUUGAUCACAAGAAGGGUCGGUAUCUGCCCAUACACUUGAAGUCGCUGCCGGAAAGUAUUGGGCAGAUUUCGAGUUCACAGAGUGGCCGAGCUUACCAGCGCAUGGAGACUGAGCCUGGUUUUGAUAAGCUCGUGCGGAACGAGUCUGGUUUGAGGAAUGCGAUACAUCCUCUUCUUCGUUGGGCCGAGAAGCAAAUACCAAAACAUGCUCAUAAGAGCACUUCUCUCUUCGUCUAUGCUACUGCUGGAGUCCGCCGACUACCCAGUUCUGACUCAAAGUUGCUUCUGGAUACGGUGUGGUCAAUUCUGAAGAGUUACUCAUUCUUAUGUCAGAGGGGGUGGAUUAAGACUAUAAGUGGUAUGGACGAAGCUUUUUACGGAUGGAUAGCUCUUAACUAUCAAAUGGGCACCAUAGCCUCUGUACCGCCAAAAGAUACGUUUGGUUCACUUGAUCUGGGCGGUUCAUCACUGCAGGUCACUUUUGAGACUAGUGGCGUGAUACCUGGGGAGACUGGCUUAAAUCUAAGCAUUGGAGACAUUAGGCAUCAUCUAAGUGCCUAUUCUCUCUCUGGAUAUGGGCUGAAUGAUGCUUUUGACAAAUCUGUGGUUCAUCUUCUUAGAAAGCAAUCGGCUGCCAGCUUGAAGGAUGGGAAGGUGGCGCUUAAGCACCCUUGCUUGCAUGAUGGUUAUAGAGAACAAUAUAUAUGUAGACAGUGUGCUCCAGCAGGCAAAGGAAGAGGCCCUCUUGUUGGUGUGAGAACUUCAGACAAAGGUCAGAUUGGAAUACCAGUUACAUUAGUUGGUGAACCUGUGUGGGAAGAUUGUGGUGCACUUGCCAAGACAACAGUGAAUUUGUCUGUGUGGUCCAAUUUAACUCCUGUAAUUGAUUGUGAAGUCCAACCGUGUGCUCUUGCUGAUAGUUUACCUCGGCCACAUGGACAAUUUUAUGCAAUGUCUGGAUUCUUUGUGGUUUAUAAAUUUUUUAACUUGACCUCUGACGCUACAUUGGAUAAGUUAUUAAUGAAGGGUCGAAAAUUUUGUGAAACGAGGUGGGACGUUGCAAAGAACAGCGUUGCUCCUCAACCAUUUAUUGAUCAGUACUGCUUUAGGGCACCGUAUGUGGCCUCUCUGCUGCGAGAUGGGUUGCAUAUUGAUGACAAUAAAGUGUCGAUUGGGUCUGGAAGUACUACAUGGACUCUGGGAGUUGCAUUGUUGGGGGCUAGCCAAGCAUUGUCCAGCAAGAUCCAUCUCUAUGGUUAUGGAAUACCUUAUCCAGAGAUAAGCCGACCUGUCCUUCUUCUUAUCCUUUUUCUGACACUAAUACUGUUAUUCGUUGCUCUCUCAUAUGUUGGAAAGUGGAUACCAAGGUUCUUCCAAAGAUCAUAUUUUCCAGUGUUUAGGCAUGGUAAUGGAACCUCCAGUUCCAUUCGUAGCCUUCCAUAUCCUUUCGCCUUCCAGCGGUGGAAUCCUAUCAAUUCCGGUAAUUUUUUCUUUAAUGUCUCCCUUUUCUUGGGGUCAACUUUUAAUAUGGGAAGAUACUCGAUAUUUUUGCCGGAGCCUGUUUGCAUAUCUUUCAUAGACUUAAUAGGCAAUCACACUGUUAGAAUCUUUUAAAUGUAUUCGAUCUAGUUAUUCACCCUCUUCCCUAGAAAGCCACCACCACAAGUUUCGAUGGGUUCGCGAAAGUUCACUCUACAUUGUCACCAGUUCCGAGAUAAGACAAUGUGAUGACCAAGUAUGAAGAAAAUUAUAAUUCUAUAUAAACAAUUCACGGUGGCUCAUUCUUCAUCUGACUUAUUCUGUUAAUUUUAAAAGCAGGACCAAUUGUAUAGUUAUAUAUUUGAAUUUCUUGAUUGAAAGGAUUUUUCUUUUUUUGCAAAUUAAUGGACAAUAUUGUUUCUACUACUUUGAGAGCCCUGAUAUUAUUUAAAGUCUACAUGAGUUGGAUAUGUACUAUUUGUUUAUAUGGAGUGUUUUUGAGAACUGUUAUGCGCACUCUUUUGCAUCCCAAACUCUAUCUUUUUACUUUACGAAUUUGUGGUACCAUCCACUUUUUUAGAAAAAACUACUACUUAGCUAAUUGAAUUUAUACCUAGAGAUUUCUUGUUAGCGCUAAUAACCCAUGCCCUUCUUUUUCCCCUCACAAAAAAUGGAAAAACAGCUUCGCAAUUGCAUCAUAUGGAUCUGUUGCACCCAUUUUCUCUCUAGUCAUUUGUUGUGAAAGAUAAUUUCUGCAAACGUUAGCGUAGAGGCCAUUUUCACAACCACCCUUGUCUGCAAUAAAUUCUUUUCUUUCCCCUUUUCCUUUGACGAAUAUAAAUCCACAGAAAACUGUAAGAUAAUUGCUCAUGACACUGUUCCAUAUCCUUGCAUCUCAAAUUACUCUCAGCCAUUAUAAUAUUCACUCAUUAUCUCGAACCUAAUAUGGUCAGAACCUCUGCUACGAUAUCUAUAUCGUUCUGCAAGUGACUAAUAUAACAAUUCUGAUCGAAUUCCGAUGCCUUGGCUAGCAGUAAUAUCUUAAUUUUCAAGUCCAUUGUCCUGCCUUUCCAUUAUUUACCUUAGUUUAUUUCCCUGAACAUUCGGAAUUACACUUUUUCAUCUAAUCAGUUUACUUCCCCGAAAGCUCGGAAUUACACAUUUUCAUCUAAUCUUUGGCUGGUGGUGAUCUUUGCAAAAUUAACUUCUAUUUCUUUACGAAUACUUUCUUUUAAAGUCUUCCCCAAAUCCUUGAGACUUGACAUCAGUUCAUAUAUUAUCUUAGAUCCAACCAAGAAGAUCGUUGUCUAGUUGGUCAUCAGUUUCGUAAGACUUUGAACUGUCAGGCCACCUUUUUUUUAAGAAAAUGACGCUGUGUUCUUAUUUCACCUCCGUGUAGAUAUUGUACUUGUUCAUCAAAUAUUUGGGUUGUCUUGACUCGGAUUCACCUGAUGUUCAUCCAGUCUGUGAGUCGUUAUGAAUUCUAUUCACCAGAGUUCAUCAAGUUUUCCCGUUGUUAUAAAUUUGAUCCCGCUCAGUUUCUAAGGACCUUGCAUCAUCGAAUCUCUUGAAGGAUAUUUUCAUCGUUUGUGCAGGUGACACGAGGGUGAAGAUGCCACUGAGCCCCACAACCUCUGCCACCGAGCAGCGCCCCUUCGGCGUGGGACAUGGGCUGGGUGGCAGCUGCAGCCAGCUCUCCGAGUCUUCCUUGCACCCAUCAGGCGGCGUCUCACACAGCUACUCAUCCGGCAGCCUGGGCCAGAUGCCGCAGGACAGCGUUGUGGCCCCAUUUUGGACUUCUCACAGGAGUCAGAUGCAGUUGCAGAGCCGCAGGUCGCAGUCCAGGGAGGAUCUCUCCUCUUCCUUGGCGGAGAUCCACAUGAAGGGCUGA